AUGAAGUCUACUCUUAUCCUAGUUUCACUUGUGGCAACUGCCAUCGCCUCUCCAGUACAGCUGCGCGAACUUCGGAACGGUGAGACCCGCUCUCUGCGAAGGAGCUCACCGGAGUCUGCCGUCGCUGGCCGCCAGGUCAUUGAGGACAUCGAUAACGAGACCGGCGCUGUGGAUUUUGCCAACGACGAGGACAACGAUGGACAGGCCGAUGAUGCGGACCAGGACGAUGAUAACGAUGGUAUUCUGGACAACGUAGACCCUGAUGAUGACAACGAUGGGGAGUUGGACGUGACUGACAACCUGGAUCGGCGGGACGAUGACUUGGAUUUCCCCGAUAUUCCCGACAACAUCGAUCUGAACCCCUUCGACAAGCACUAG